GCAUACGUGGCGCUGUGGUAGCAACAUGCCGCUGUGAAGUGGCAGGAAAAGAAACAGCAUAUGUCGUUUUUAAUUGGUUCACAGGUGUAAUUUGAUAAAAUGAGGUGGCUUAUUUUGUGUUUAUUCCUAAUUGUUUUGAGCACAAGUGCAAAUUGUUAUUUCAUCACUGUAGAUGCACACGCCGAGGAAUGUUUCUUCGACAGAGUGGAAUCGGGCACAAAAAUGGGUCUCACGUUUGAAAUAGCAGAGGGUGGAUUUUUAGACAUAGAUGUAAAAAUAAUUGGACCCGAUAAAAAAAUAAUCUAUCAGGGUGAUCAAGAAAGCAGUGGUAAAUAUACAUUCGCUGCGUAUCGUUCUGGUGUUUAUACAUAUUGCUUUGGUAAUCAAAAAAGCAGUAUGACACCAAAAGUUGUAAUGUUCAAUAUGGACAUUGGCGAAAAUUCUAAACCAUUGGAACAAUCUUCUGACGGAAAGAAUGCAGACGAUACUAACCAUACCAAAAUAGAUGAUAUGAUUAAAGAAUUAAGUACAAGUCUGUGGGGAGUGAAAAAUGAACAAGAAUAUAUGCAGGUCCGUGAUCGAAACCAUAGAGCAAUCAAUGAAAAUACCAAUUUUCUUAUAGUUACUUGGGCUUUCUUUGAAGCUAUGGUAUUGGUUUGUAUGACAGUAGGACAAAUUUUCUACCUAAAACGUUUCUUCGAAGUCAGAAGAGUUAUCUAAUUUAAAACAUGUUACAAUAAAGUCAUACACUCAUUGUACAUUUUUUAUGUGGCUUAAGUUAAGAAUUACAGAUUUUCAACAUUUUGAAUUCAUUUUGUUUUUUCAUUCACCACAUUUAAAGCUUCAAGUAUGAACAUGAAGUUUAAGAUGUAUAACAUCAUUAGCGGUAAGGUAAAUAUUGCUUACAUCGUUAGGUUUUUUAAAAAUAACAUAAUGUACAUUUAAGCCUAAGACUUACUUAAACAGAGAAAUUAUUGAAAUAAACGAGACGUCUUUUGUAUCAGUAGGUGUUAAAAAUCAAUUAAUAUAAAAUUAUCCUUAUAUUGAUUGUCUAUGUGCAGGGUUAUUAUUCUUAUUAUAAAAAACGAAUAUUUAUAGGAGAUUCUAUUAAAAUUUCAAAUCAUUUUCGUAUUUAAAAUGGAAUGGAGGAAUUUAUGUAUUAAUUGGGUAAGCAAAUAUCAAAAUAAUUUAAUGGAACCAGCUAUAGUGUUUGUA